AUGGAAGAAGCCAUCGUAGAAGAUCUCGGUCUCGAAGUCCGGAGCGCCGCCACCGAGAUAGAGAACGCGAUCGCGAUCGGGACCGGGAGCGUGAGCGUGAUCGAGAGACCUACAGAAGACGAGACCACCACUACAAAUCUGGGCGACGAGAUCGUUCACGUGAUCGACGGCGGUCAAAAGAUCGAGACGAUCGUCGUAGAAGUCGUGACAAAGAUUAUCGAAGCAGGCGGCAAGACUCCAGAGAGCGCGAUGGUCGAAGAAGAGACGAUUCUACUGACUCUAGGCGGAAGACUAGGAGGGAAGAAGGCAGGGAGAAGGCUUCGGCGAAACCAGGAAGACACAGCCGCUCAAUUGAUGAUACAGACCUCCAAGCCAUCAACUCCAAAUCAGAAUGCUGAAGAACAGAAGGCUGCCCGCCUUGCAAAGUUAGAGGCUUGGAAGAAGAAGCAAGCUGCUGAGCAGGCUAAAAAAGAUGCCGAACUGGCAGCAGCUGGAGGUGCGAGAAGCAUUCUUACCGAAAUCGAUAAGAAAGCUAGACUUUCCCCAGUUGCCUCCUCUCCUCAGUCACCAGCCGUCCCAGGCAACGUAUCACCUGUACCAUAUGCUGGCAAAUUUGAUCCAAAAGCAAUCGUCAAGAAGGCACACGUACCAGCGGCCACUCCAGAGGUUCUGGGCGCUGAUCUGGCUGCUCCACAGCUCCCGAAACAGUCUGCUGUAUCAAGCACGUCAGGAACUUUUAAGGCUGACAAUACAACAGUAUCUAACAGCACCACCAAGAACGGUCAGUCACCGCGCCAACCAAAUCCUAUGUUCGUAGCUGACAGUCUCCAAGCAUCUUUCAAAACCCGAGGCAAUGUUAGCGGAUUCGGUCUCGGUGCUAAAGUUCCGUCAGAGGCAGAGAAGUCCAAGACCGGCCCAGUAUUCGAAGAAGAAGAAUCUAGCCGCAGAAAGUUGGAGAAGUUGCCCACGCCACCUCUUGGAGAAGUUGACUUGAACAAGACUAACGGCGUAAAGGAGGAUGGAGCGGAUGUCGAUGACGGUGACGAUGAUGACGUGGACAUGCAGGUUGAUGGUUCAGAAGAGGAAAGGCUGGCGGCAGCACGAGCUGCGGCUGAGAAAAGAGAGGAGCUGGUGCAAUCUCAAGCUGGAAGAAAUAAAGCGGAGAAUGGUAUGCUGCCAAGUAACAGUGCGAACGGCGGUGAUACAUCUAUGACAGAUGCUCAACCGGAGGCUCCACCUCCAGAUGCAAUGGAAGAAGAUGAUGCAGAUCCUUUGGACGCUUUCAUGUUGGGACUUAGAGCUACGCCGUCGAAAGCAUCUGGCGUAAAUGGUAUAAAAUCCUCGAAAUCAAGACAGCAAGAGCCUCAGGCAAUAUUUGGUGACGACGAGGUUGACCUCACAGCCAUUGAUGCUGAUCCAGGUGACAUCCUAGCCAUGGCUAGCAAGAAGAAGAAAAAGGAUAUACCAACAGUCAAUCAUGCAAAGAUAAAAUAUGAACCAUUUAGGAAGAACUUCUACAGCGAGCCUGUCGACAUGUCAGGUUUGAGCGAAGCCGAGGUUGCCAACCUGCGACUCGAAUUGGAUGGUAUUAAAGUACGUGGAGUAGAUGUUCCAAAACCAGUACAAAGAUGGGCCCAAUGUGGUCUGGGCGUACAAUCCUUGGAUGUGAUUCAGAAGCUCGGAUACGCAGCACCUACUUCAAUUCAGUCUCAAGCGAUACCGGCAAUCACCUCCGGAAGAGACGUUAUCGGUGUCGCGAAGACAGGCUCAGGCAAGACUAUCGCUUUCUUGUUGCCAAUGUUCAGACACAUAAAGGAUCAGCGGCCGUUGGAUAUGCUAGAAGGCCCGAUCGGUUUGAUCCUAUCACCAACCCGUGAAUUGGCGACACAGAUCCACAAAGAGUGCAGACCUUUUCUAAAAGCAUUGAACUUGAGGGCAGUCUGCGCUUACGGAGGAGCACCUAUCAAGGACCAGAUUGCUGAUCUCAAACGUGGGGCCGAAAUCAUAGUCUGUACCCCUGGUCGAAUGAUUGACUUACUCGCAGCAAAUUCAGGUCGUGUAACCAAUCUACGACGAGUCACAUAUGUCGUCUUGGACGAGGCCGAUAGAAUGUUUGACAUGGGUUUCGAGCCGCAAGUCAUGAAGAUUCUGGCGAAUAUCCGUCCUGAUCGCCAGACUGUCCUGUUUUCCGCUACCUUUCCGAGGCAGAUGGAAGCGUUGGCCCGCAAAACCUUGUCCAAGCCUGUUGAAAUAGUUGUCGGUGGACGUAGCGUUGUUGCACCGGAAAUCACUCAAAUCGUUGAAGUGCGCAACGAGGAUCAUAAAUUCAUACGCUUGCUCGAGCUGCUUGGCAACAUGUACUCUGACGAGAAGAAUGAAGAUGAUCGGGCCCUCAUUUUCGUUGACCGCCAGGAAUCAGCAGAUUCGUUGCUGCGAGAUCUGAUGAGGAAAGGAUACCCUUGCAUGUCAAUACACGGCGGCAAAGAUCAAAUCGACCGAGAUUCAACAAUCGACGAUUUCAAGGCCGGAGUUGUCCCGAUCCUUAUUGCAACCUCAGUGGCAGCGAGAGGGUUGGAUGUCAAACAGCUGAAGCUCGUGGUCAACUAUGAUGCACCAAAUCAUUUGGAGGAUUAUGUGCAUCGUGCGGGUAGGACUGGAAGAGCAGGCAACACGGGAACUGCCGUAACGUUUUUAACCGAGGAACAAGAUCGUUAUGCAGUUGACAUCGCCAAAGCGCUCAAGCAAUCCGGCCAACCAGUUCCAGAACCGGUGCAGAAAUUGGUGGAAGCGUUUAACGAGAAGGUCAAAUCAGGCAAGGAGAAGGCUUCUGCAAGCGGAUUUGGUGGCAAGGGACUGGACCGCCUGGAUCAAGAACGAGAUGCUGCUAAAGCUCGCGAACGCAAGACUUUCAAGACUGGUGAAGAAGGCGAGGAGGACGAGAAGGAAGACAAGGAUACUGUUGGUGAUGAUCUUUUCGCAAAAGCCGCAUCUGGUAUCAAAGCACUCGACGCUAAACCGGAGCCAAUACCUGGUGUUCCCAAAGGCAUUGAUCUUGAUGGUAAGAUCACCGUGCAUAGGACCGAGAAGGAGACAGGGCCACAAAACCAAAUGGACAAGGUCGCUGCAGCGGUUCAAAACAUCGCCGCCAAAUUGUCGAAAGCGGGUGUCAUGCGGCAAGGGGUGCCCAUCGAUAACAAAGGACCAGAUGCAGGAGCUUUCCAUGCGACACUUGAGAUUAACGAUUUUCCUCAAAAAGCUCGUUGGGCUGUCACCAAUCGAACCAAUGUCGCCAAAAUCCUUGAAUCUACUGGCACCUCGAUCACCACCAAAGGAUCGUUCUACGCUGCUGGAAAGGACCCGGGUCCGAACGACAAUCCGAAACUGUAUAUUUUGGUGGAAGGCGACACCGAAGUCGUGGUGCAUGAUGCUAUGAGGGAGCUGAUGAGGUUGCUGAAAGAGGGCACUAUCGCUGCAGCUGAUACCGACACUCGGGCACCAGCGCGAAAUUUCCCGAUGGAGGCCACACAAAAUCCGCUUCGUGGGGAGGAUUUUCGAGAUCCGCUUCACGGUCAAGCAGAGCCAGCAGCUGGACCAGUCUGGAUACGCAAGUCAGACAUGGCAAUGGCCGAGAAAGAGACGCCACUCAAGGCCGUCCAGGUCGAGGGCUUGGUGGUCAUGAAGAUCAUAAAACACUGUUCGCAAAGGUUCCCAACCACAGCGACCGGCGCUCUUGUGGGCAUGGACGUUAACGGCACACUCGAAAUCACCAACGCUUUCCCACUGCCCAUCAUCGAAAUACCACCCGAGGCACAUUAUGAAGGCCAGCACAUCAACACAGCGGCUGCCGCACCUCGAGCGAAAGCAAAUACUGGAUAUCAGGCGGAGAUGAUCAGAAUGUUGCGAGAGGUCAACAUAGACGCACAGAGUGUUGGUUGGUAUACAAGUGCCAACAUGGGCAACUUUUGCAACACCAAUUUCAUCGAGAACCAGUAUUACUACCAAAAAGACCUCAACGAGAACACCGUUGCGCUGGUACAUGAUGUCAGCCGAAGUUCACAAGGAGCUCUUAGCCUGCGAGCCUUCCGACUAUCACCACAGUUCAUGGCGGCUUACAAAGAGAACAAGUUCACCACAGAGAAGUUAGUCGCACACCUUCGUAUCACUCCCUCGAGCAAAGCUAAUUCAAGCAACAGUCUUCAAAAAUCCAACCUUCGAUAUCAAGACAUCCUUGUUGAGCUUCCGGUCCAAAUACACAAUUCCCACCUCCUCACCACCUUCCUACACCAACUCCCCACACCACCUCCACCCACCUCGCUGGAGGAACCUACAUCAGUCUCAUCCAUAGAAACGAACCCCUUCCUCUCUUCCAACCCCCUCCACCCCAAUUACGACACCCUCUCCCUCAACAUCGACCCCUUCCUCUCCCAAACCUGUGACCUCCUUCUCGACUCCAUCGAAACCCACCACACGGAAUCCAACAACUUCUCCUACUACUCUCGCGCCCUCGCCCGCGAACAGAACAAGAUUGCGCAGUGGCAAGCCAAGCGGAAAGCUGAGAACGCACUGCGCGCGUCGACCAAGCAGGCUUUACUGCCGGAGGAUGAGUGGCAGAGGCUGUUCAAGUUACCAACGGAGCCGAAUCGAUUGGAGAGUAUGUUGAACUCAAGGCAGGUGGAGCAGUAUAGCCGGCAGGUUGAUGGAUUUGUGGCGGGAACGACGGGCAAGAUGUUUGCUGUUAGGGGGAAUUUGUUGCCGGGGGAGGGGGUGGGUGGGGAUUGA